AUACCAUCUAGGUUGGUGCGAUGCCUUUCCCUCCGCAGGUGUCAGUGCCGCCGUCUCGGCGCCCUCCUCCCCCGCCUCCAAUACCACGGCCGAAGACGAAGCCUCCUCCGCCUCCUCUGCCAGAUCGCCCUCGCAAGAGACGAAUAGAGUGUCCAUCUAUGAAUGUAGCAAAGGAUCAAGGAAUCGAAACGUCUCGAGAAAAGGUGCCACCGCCUCCACCACCGAGAAAUAUUGCCUCUCAAACGCGUCCAGUUUUCGACAAGACGAGCGGGUCCGGUACAGUGCCAGGCCAGCAGGUGUCAGCAACAAGUUCUCCUCAAAUAGCUCAAGAGCAAACCGUUGCUCCGGCGGUAGUGAUUGGAGCGACAAACAUGGCAUCUAAAUAUGAAAUUCUAGAGCAGAUUGGCAGUGGCACAUAUGGCUACGUGUUCCGAGGGCGCGUCCGGGGAAGUGACAACGUGGUCGCCUUAAAAAAGAUAAAAUUGGAUGACCCGCGUCCCGAACCACAACGUGAUGGGUUCCCAAUCACAGCCCUUCGGGAGAUCAAAAUCCUAAGCUGCAUGUCGCAUCCAAACAUUGUGCGUCUGGAGGAAAUCGUCACUUCGUCGGAUACCAACAGCCAAAACGGAGAGAGCAGAAGUGUGCCAUCCUCAAUUUACAUGGUGUUUGAAUACUGCGAGGGGGACCUUCUCGACGUCUUAAAAGCAGUGCGUGAGGGACGCUUUCAGCUGACACGGGAUCACGUCUGCUCCUUCACACGCCAGUUGCUCGAGGGCAUGCUGUACAUUCACUCCAAUCGUGUCGUGCAUCGCGAUAUCAAGGCCGCGAACAUUCUUGUCACGCGGAACUGUCGGCUGAAGAUAGCAGAUUGGGGUUUAGCCCGCUCAUGGCGCCCUCUUACAGAGCCUGCCGAGGCUACUGCAGAUGAAGACGUGGGGGCUAACGUGCAUCACGCUGUAGCCAGCGCCAGAAAGUCCGAGAAGGAGAAGGGCAGUCGUUAUACAGACAACGUUGUGACGCUAUGGUAUCGGGCGCCCGAGUUACUGAUGGGUGUAUCUAGCUACACGACCGCCAUCGACAUCUGGUCCAUCGGCUGUCUCGUAGCCGAGCUCUUUCUACUGCGCACUCUCUUCCAAGGUCGCGAUGAGCUCGAGCAAAUGCACCUUAUUUUUAGAUCGUGCGGGACUCCUGCUCCGAAGAACUGGAUGAGAGCUCCCACUAGCCGCCCUGCUACUCAGACCACAGCGUUGUCCUCUUCUCAUCGGCCGCCGCUCCCAGCCCGCCCUCGGCGCCUCAAGGAGGAGCUGGCGGGGACCUCGGGCGGGCCCGAUGGCGCAGACCUCGUCGACAAGCUCUUGGCCCUCGACCCCUCCUGUCGGCUGACGGCGAUACAGGCGCUGGAUCAUGAGUUUCUCUGGCAGGACGAGCCCAAAGAUCCAGAGGAGCUGCCGCCCCUUGUGCCCCUGCGGCGGAUGGUCCCCACUGCAGGUGGCAAGGGGUAG